GGACGCACCGUUACAGUCCCUGCUGCAGGAUUGGAUCUUCACUCCGUCUAUCACAAGCCUAUAAUCAACACAAACGCUACUUGUCCGCCUGGAAAAGGCUAAAAACAUAUUGCUUUUUAAGAAGAGACACGACUCAUACUGUAGGUGAGCUACAUUUUCAUCCUGAGCACUCAGCUGGUGCACCUCCAGAGUGGAUAAAGAGUCACGUAUAGUGCUGAGCCUUGUGUACCAACCCUCCCACAAGUUCCUGAAUGAGGUGCUGAAAGGAUAAAGAGGUCCUGAAUUGACUUCUGGAGGGGCACCAGAACAUUCCAAAAGAUGACCCAGUCUGUGCACAUAAGCCCCAAAUUAAAUCUGGGUUCCCCUUUUCAUUGUGCCUCUCAAGACGAAAUGGAUCACGGUGCAUCAUAUUCUGUACAGACUCCAUAUGGAUUCCAGCUGGACCUUGAUUUCCUUAAAUAUGUGGAAGAAAUAGAAAGUGGUCAGACUUUCCGCCGAGCUAACAUGAGCCCUCGGAGAGGAUCACGUAGUGACCGAGUUUCUCAGAAGAGUGUAGGGGGUCGCACCAGUGGCUGGACUUCUACAGAAUCGCUGGCAUCAACAACCAGUGAAGAUGGUCGCUCUCUUCCCCCAAACGUUCCUCGAAGCCAUGUUGCAUCAGCCAGCAAGUCACAGCCGCUUUCGCCAUCUUUGGUGAUCAGUCCCACACUACCAUCUUGUUCAAAAAUGCCACCUCCCCCACCACCACGUAACCCCAGGGUAGAGAGAACGUUACUAGAAACAAGCCGUCGACUACAGCAGGAGCAGGGUCUAUACCCAAAUGGUUUAGGCUCUUCUCUUUCAGACCUUCCUAAGGAGAGUGUCAGAGAUUAUGGAUCAAGUAGCAGCUUUUCAAUGCCUUCCCAGAUGGCCACAGAUGGUCACUUACUACAGAUUUCAUCAGCUGUGCAGAAUCCCUCUACUAGUGGCUGGACCAGAUUUAGUCCUCAGAAUUCUGGGAGGAGCACCCCAGCCUCCAACUCUGGAACAUCUUCAUUUCCUCCAGGGCAGCUUCAGACAGUACGAGAACAGAUGGCCUUUGCCCUUAGACAGCUCAGGGAGAUGGAAGAAAAAGUAAAGGGAGUACCAGCGCUUGAAAAAGAAGUGUCCAUGCUACGUGAUGAAAAGCAUAGGCUGCUUCUGGCCCUUCAAAAGAAAACAGAAGAACUUAGUGCUCUGGUCAAUGCAAAAAAGUCUGCUCUGGUUGAACCUGCACCCUUGUCGUCAUCUUUAGAUCCCUGCAGUGUGAGUCAAGAGAAGAGGUCCAUUGAAAAAGGAAAACCUCCUGUUCUGGUGGUAGAGAAAAGAUCCAUAGCUGUAGGUAGUGAUGUUCCCCUUAAAGUUGUGCUGGCUCAGGAUGCAAAAGAUGUGGCUGUAGAAGCUGCUGUUGAUGUCCGUCACAGAGGCAUGGAAACUGAGCCAGUGACCGUCCAUGAUGAAGAAGUUCAGGCCAAAGUUCCAACAAAUGAAGUAGCAGUCUGGGUAAUGGAAUCAUUACUUGGGCUGUCAAGUGAGACCGAACAAGAAAUAGACAAUCUGCAGGAGACCAUUAAGUGUCAGCAAGAGUCAGUUCGUCUCCUUGAGAAAAGAUUAACCCAAGCCAAUCAGGACCUUGAGGAGUUGAGGGCUCUGGAGAUGGCAAGAAUGUCCAAGAUCAUGUUAGAAAGAGAGACACUUGUCAAACCAGAGACAGUUGAUGUGCUAGUGGAAACUGAGCUUUGUUCCAAAACCUCUGUAGGAGUUGGGGUUUCCAGUGCAGACUUUCCAGCAAUGAAAAUUGAUCAAAGCAUUCAAACUGACUUUGUGGAAGCAUCAAGUAAAAAGAUGGCUGUAAUUCAGGUCAACACAGGUAUUCAGUGGGAAGAUCUUUUUAGCGCUGACAAAGACGAUCAGGAACAGUCUCUCUCUGCUGAUGCUACAGGUCCUCUGAAAUCCAUCAUGAAGAGAAAGGAUGGGAGUGGCUCGAGCGCUGCUUGCAGCGGUGGCAAGAAGAGCUUAAAAUUUGUAGGGAUUCUUAAUGGAGGCUAUGAAUCAACUUCUAGUGAAGAAGAAGAGGAGGAGGAUGAUGAAGGAAGCUCGUCUGAUGGAAGUGCAGCUGGCGAGGGCUCCGAUAGCAGUGAGGAAGAGGCUGCAGCGCUAGAGGAUACUUCGGAUGAAGAAAAGAACAUUAAUUUGGACGACAGUGACAGUGAUGAAAACAUACCAGCUGUAACAGAUGUUAAGAAACAGGCUGAAGUACUAAAGGAAAAGUUUGAACUGAGUUCAAAAAUGCGUGAGGCUUGCCUCAUUUUAAAGAACCACCUUAAUGAUGGUGCCAAAACAACAAAGAGUAAAGAACUGCUCUCCAGCACCCACACCGUGCAGCUGGAAUGGUUCAGAGUGUCCAGUGCUAAGACGGCACAGCCGUCCCGAGUUUCCAACUACCUGAUGGCUUUCUCCGAGCUUUCCCCUGCUCUGGCGCGGCACGUAGUCAACAUGACCGAUGGCAACGGAAACACAGCUUUGCAUUACAGCGUCUCCCAUUCCAACUUCACCAUCGUCGGACUCCUACUUGACACAGGUGUGUGCAAUGUGGAUAAACAGAACAAGGCAGGAUAUACUGCUGUGAUGCUGGCCGCAUUGUCAGCAGUGAAAGAAGAGGAAGACUUGUUGGUAGUCAAGAAGCUAUUCAGCUUGGGCAAUGUCAAUGCCAAGGCAAGCCAGGCUGGUCAGACGGCACUCAUGCUGGCAGUGAGCCAUGGAAGGCAGGAGAUGGUGCGUGCGCUACUUGAGUGCGGUGCCAGCGUGAACAUCCAGGAUGAUGAAGGCUCCACAGCUCUCAUGUGUGCCAGCGAGCACGGGCGUGCCGAGAUCGUCUCUCUGCUGCUUGAGCAGCCUGGCUGUGACAUUGCCAUUGUAGACAACGACGGCAGCAAUGCCCUGUCUAUUGCCCUGGAGGCGUCCCACAAUGACAUUGCAGUGCUAUUAUAUGCUCACAUGAACUACUCUAAAGCUCAGUCUGAUGUGUCCCCCAGAGCAAACCCAAGGAGUCCAUCCAGUCCGAGAAAGACCUGUCCCUCUGAGUGAUGGGCUACUAGCUGUAAAACUGGCGAGAAGUGAUUAUUAGCAGCAUUAACUACCUUUACUGAAAAAUUAACAUUGUUCACAUGACAGGUUUCUAUGUAAUCAUGUUUGCUCCAGAUAUUCCAUUUACAGUGUUAUGUCAUUUAAUGCAUUAUAUCACAGGGUUAUUUUUUUAUUGAGGAUGAAAAGCAUCUGUGGAUUUUUAGUCUCGUGCAAAGAGGACAAUCAAGACCCCUGUAGCUUAUUUUAAAGACGUGGGUCACUGAUCUAAGAAGUCAAGAAUAUCUUGGCUCAGACUAUCAGUGAAUGAUUUUUGGGUUCAUCAGGUUCACACAGUGGAUUGAUACUCAGGCCAAAGUCAGCUUUGAUUUGUUCAUUGUCAAUUCAGAACGCACAACAGCCUGUAGCUUUAAAUCUGGUGAUCAGAUCGCGUUCAUUUGGGUAACUCCGUGUUUUGUUUUCUUACAAUGAAACCUAAUAAGCAAAACCGCACUGACUAGAUGGAAAAAUGACUUGUCUGGGAACUUACUUGAUCUGCUGCAAUGUUUCCUUCUGGUGAGUACAAAUUUGCUGGACCACACCAAAUAUCAUAUUUUACAACUGAACUGUAUCUCUGUGUUAAAAAAAAAAUUAACUUUUUUCCCCCCUCUAACUUCUUAUCAUUUUAGACUUAAGUGAACGCAUGUUUUCCUUUUUUUUUCCUGUUUAAACCUACCCAUAUAGGUUAAGUUUCUUAAAAAAAAAAUUUAAAUCCAACCUAUAAAACACUGUUCUAGCCUGGUAUGAUUUAACUUUUUGUCCAGAAGAUUUGCAGUAAUAGAUGCAUGCUUUAGACACACAACUGUGAAGAAAAAAAAUGAAUAAUUACAAAGAAAAACAGGCCACAAAUCGUUAACUUUCUUACAGUAUUUAAGCUGUCUUGGUGGCCAUUUGUAUACAACUAGCUUUAUUGUUGCUGUAUAGGUUUAUUUAAGAAAGUUCUAUCUCAACACUAUCAAAACACUGUUUAGCAGAAUGGUGAGCGUUGCAGGAACCAGUUCCCACAAUAUCUGAGGGUUGCACUGUGAGCAGGGAGAAUCGUCGGUCCUCUUGGUUAGUUUGUGCCACCUGGAGGUAAACAUGCAUCCUGGGAGAUGUGGAAUGGAAAAGUUGGUAAAAUUUGCUUGAAAGUGUAGCUUACUGUGCUGUCUAACUACACUGCAGUGUGAAUUAGCGAGAAAACAGGAUACUUGCAUUUAAAAAAAACCAAAAAACCUGCACAUUUAUGUUGAAGAUUGUACCAAAGAAUAAUAAUAAUAAAAAAAGCUUCUUAGGGUAUUUUCCCAAUCCUAAAGGCUGUUGCUCCUGCUUAUGAGUAUAGUACCGCUGGACUUUAAAACCAGACAGUAAGAGUUAAGGUCAUGUGUUUGCAAUAACGUACUCUUAGUGUAUUAUUAUUUUUACCUAAUUGCUUGUUUAGUGUUCAAUUUGUGCCUAACCCAUCACUGCUACCUUUGACUGUAAAAUAUUAUUGCUAUUUGUUACGUGCCUUGGGAUACUUAGCCACCUUAAAACAUGAAAAAUUAAAGUUUAUUAUAUACA